UCUACCAGGCUGUAAAAAUAUCUUAAUCGUCAAGUAAACUAAAGGCUUGAUAAAAAAAAGGUUAUCACAUGAACAGAAAAUGUUCAAAUACUACUCACGAGUGUUCUCCGGAGUGCGUAGAGCAUGUUUCUUUCAUGUGGAUAAUAGUUAAAUAAUUCUCUUAUACAAGCCUCUUUGAGAGUGAAGACCUAGCCAGCUGCAAGAUCAAGAUUUCAAUCUCCAUCUAUCCAACAAUUGGAUCACAGUGAACAUCUGCAUACAUAGACCUCAUUACAAUGUCGUAUCUGGAUAUUCCGGAUUUUCUCACUCUCAAGUAUCUGUCUGACAUGAAUCUAAGGAUUGAGACAAAGCCUCUCCAUUGCACACUACUGAGGACGUCAACCAGUAACUUCAACUAUCAGACUUCAGUUGAUGCCAACGUGUUCCACGAACAUAGCUAUAACAACCAGAGCUCUGAGAGCCAGGACUUUCUCUUUCAAGAACCUCCGUGUAAACGAGGGAAUACCGUGUCCCCACUUUUCCCAGUGACUUACCGUGACCACCACCGGUCAGCGUCCUCGUCUUCGUGUUCAGGGUCAGACUUUUUGUCCCCGGUCCAGUCCAGCCCACCAACGUCGUCGUGUUCACAGGAGCCUUUCUUCGCCUACCCCGGCAGCCAUCCAUCCACGAAGCAGCGUUCGCAAGGCUCAUACCCUCGCCAGUUCAGCCACACCGAAAGGCAGCACUGCUGCCCGGGCACCUCCCUCUUCACCGACAAAUGCUCCCUCAGUAGCCUCAGUGACGACCUGUGCGCUGACCUGGCCGACAUAGACAUCGAAUUUUCCCACACAGCCAUGAACAACGAGCAGCUGUUGCCUUCCAUUGACACUUUCUGCCCGAGCCAGUACAUCCAAGCCUACGAUGACCCGUUCCAGCAACAAAGUUUGCUCGAGAUAAGUGACAACAUCAGUGACAGUGGAGUCAGUAGAAGCGACAGUCGAAGCAGCGACGAAGAGGAGCCCAGCCCUUACAUCAAUUUAACUUCAUUUUCUGACUUCUAUCCUGAUGAAUAUUAUAAUAAUUCUGAAUUCCACACAGAAAACGAGGUUUAUGAUAGUCCCUUUGAAUUUGGUUCCUUCCCCCCAACUACAUAUAUCCCACGCUAUCAAGACCAACAGCAGAACUCACCUCCCAGUGAAGAUGAUGGCUUUUAUGAGGACUGCCCUCCCAGCAUUCCAGAUGCGGCCUCAUUACCACUCUUUGAUCAGCUUCAGAAAUCUGAGACAAGAUGUGCUUCUGAGAGGAGGAGAAUUUCAACGAGUUCUAACAAGAAAAAACAUAUUACACGUGACUCCCCAUGUUUAGAAAAAGAGAGACGAAAGCCUGGCAGAAAACCAGGACAAGUAUCUAAUGUAUUACAUCUGUGGGAGUUCAUGAGAGAUUUAUUAAGAAGCCCUAACAACCAGGGUAUCAUUGAAUGGAUAUCAAAACCAGAAGGUGUGUUUCGAGUGGUGAACUCUUCUGAAGUGGCUCGUCUCUGGGGGGAAAAGAAGAAAAACAAGAAGAAGAUGACCUAUGAAAAACUCAGCAGAUCUCUCAGGUAUUCAAGGCUCGAAGGCUAUUUCUCUGAUCUCCCCAAAGACAAAAAUUAUCCUAAAAAGUUGUGCUUCAAAUUUGGUCCCAAAUCCAACAAUUGGCACUAAAGACUUCAACUCCACACUCAGCGUUCAUUCCUCAAGCAACAUUUCAUUCUGAUGAUCACAUUACAAUCUCACAAGAUCUGUUACAUAAUAUUUUUUUAUGUACAUAAAAAAACUACUCCUCAAUCGUACGUGUACUGUCAUUGUAAGUGUUAACAUGAAAUGUUCUAUUGUGUGUGAUGAUCAGUAGAGAUGAGCAACGACCUUUAGUGUUCAGUUGGCUUCAAAUGUUUCUUGAUAGCUUAGUUUAGAGGAGGUAAACAGUUUGUUAAUCAUUAUGAUGCUCAUUGUAUAUAAUCUAUAUUCCAUUAUAUUUUUUUAUUGGUCAUAUAUUUUUUUGAGAUGUAAAUCGACAAGAACUUAUAUCAAGUACAAUGAUACUUCUGUAAUGCAUGUACAUAGAAUAAUUUUUGUUCCAUCUGCUUAUUGCACGCGGUGCAUGUGUUUGCAUAAUUGUUUCAUUAAUACGGUAAGAAAGCAUUAUAAAGGAGUUUGUUAACUUACAGUCUAUACAAAGUCCCUCUACCAUAAUGUAUCUUUGCUGCUAUUGUCAGCUAUAGCUGUAUUAAUCCUAUUUUUUUCACUAAGCAUUUGCUUGUGUUUGUAGAAAGAAUAUUUUUUGUUGACAAGGCUAAUCUUUGGAGGCUAGUUCAAUAGACACUUUCACGUAAUGUUGACUUUUAUAAUCUUGUUCUAGUUCUUCCUUCCAUGUGUUUGCUUCUCACUGGCAUAAAAUAUUCGUAUAAAUAUUAGAUGUUUUGUGCCAUAUCUUAUAAGGAUGAAUUUUAGUUGGGGACAUAGUAUGAUUUUAAUAUCUGUAGAUUUUUAUUUUUUUGUUCCAAAAUCCAAUUGUUAACAUUCUUUUUCGACAUUGUGAUAUUAUACAUUCGACUUCCCAAAUUUUUACCUUUUAAAAAUCGAUAAGCUAAACAAUAGAAAUAAAAUUCUGUUGAGUGUGUGCUUUUGUUACUUCUAGCCUGAUUCUGAUACUGUGUUAAAGAGUUUCCUUUAUGAUGUACAGUCCGUUGUGUACGGAUGGAGAUGAUACAGAAAAGUACAUAUGUUUGUUCAUUUAGCCUGUGAUUAUUUAAAACAAUGUAGAUAUAACUUCCCAGCUGCCAUGAUGUUAUGUGUGUCUGUUUAGCUUUUUCAAUAAAGUUAUAGCUGCUGUGAGUUGUAAGUUAAGUAUGUGUUAUCAAAACAAAAACUUGUUUUAAAGUGUUCAUAAAUAUUAUACAAAAUAAAUUUAUAUAUAUUUAUCUAUUGUUUUCAUGUGGGCUGGCUGCAACAAGAGAUGAUCGAAGAGUCACAAGUGGUAUUGUUUUAUUUAUUUCAAAGACUUGCAUGUAAAUAUUAACCUAUUGCGAAACAUUUUCUAUUAGUAGAAAACCACCCCAACGCAUAAUAUUACUUAAUUGUACACUGUUAUUACUCUUUGCAAGAUGUAUGUAGUGUUUCUUUUUUAAAUUCACAAAAGCCGAAGAAGCAUUAGUUGCGUAGAUACUCUUUGAUAAAAAAAGGUUUCCCUUUAUUUAAAUAAUUAACCAAUAAUAUUGUUACAUGAAUAUGUCCUUUCGUGUAAUAGAAAUCUGUCUUCACAAGUUGAGAUAGGUUUACGUAGCUACAAAAUGUUUGAUGUCCAAACCUUCCCAUGGUUCUAUGCAAUCAUCUCCUGAACUGUAUUUUUUAUAUCUCUAUAUUUGUAUAUUGUCUUUAUCAUGUCAUACUAAUACAUUCCAUUCAGCCAUCUAUGAACUUCCAGCUGCCUUCUUCCAGUUUCUUUUCUUUUUUUCUUCAAUAAGUUUUUGUUCUGCUUUUAAAAUAAUUUAUUAUUUUGACUUGUUCCUGCCCCCCACCCUCAACUGACGCACUCUUUUAAAAAAUGUUUUUUUUUUUACUAUUGAACAUAAAUUAAAAUAAAUUUAUGCUGUAUAAAUUUAUUUUAAUUUAUGUUAUGUCUGGAAUAAGAGAGGAUUGCAGAAAAAAGAUUAGCAUCACAAUGAGCUAAUACAUUAGUGUCAGUGAGUGAAUGAGCUUGCUUGCCAAGGGCUGCAGCUGAUCACCAAGCCUUUGUUUUAUUUAUUUGUAGUGGAGUUCUUUCCCUCCACCUCAUUUGUUGCUUUAUUGUCAUACCUAUUUUGUGUUUCAACUUUACAUUCAUUUAUAAUCCAUCUAUAAAUGUUUUUUUUUUUGGUUUUUGUUCUGUUUUUUUCUUCUUUUGUUAAAUCUUCAAAAAAAACUAAAUAUAUACAUACUGGUAUAUAUAUAUAUAUAUAUAUCAUUUGAAAAAAAUUGCUUGUAGCCCUCACAUCCCAAUGAUAUUCUUUUGUUAACAUUUUGUUCUCUACCAUGUGUCAGUGUGAUCCAGUGCUCAUUUAGAUGACUGCUUCUGCCUUUGAUAAAUAAUGUCUUGUUUGUUCUUAUUCUUCUAUAUUCAAAUAUAACAAGAAAAAUUGUUUAAAAAAAAAAAAAAGCAGCAAAUAAAAAGUUAAAAUGA